UAUUAUUUUAUAGAAUUCAGUCAUUUGGCAGUCUCCAAAUAGUCUAUUUACUGCAAUGCUGUCCUGUGCUUGUUUGGGGAGCGGCUUGUGGUGUGGGAUAUUUUGGUAGUGUAAUCCUAUGUCUGCCUACUUUGAUGUAAAUCCUGUUGAGUUCAGGAGGACUUACUUCCAGAGACGUGUGUAUAACUGCAGCCUAAAUUUUCGAGAGAUUUUCAAGGUCUUCCUCUUCCACCCCGGAAUAUAAUAAGUAUUCUUUCUGUACAGCCCAAUCCUAUGCGUGCUUUACUCAGACGUCAGUUCUCCAUUUUAAGGCCACAUAUGAUUGUAGGUUUAGAAAUACUGUGGCUGAAAUCCAGCUUUGUUACACUCUGUAGGAGAGUUACUAUUGAUUUUGUCUAGGUAGGGUUUGCAGUAUAAAGCCAGAUGGGUAUAAAAAGCACUGAAUAAUUCCUGUUCAAACUAUCAAGAAGUCUUGGUGGUCCCACCUAUAGAACAAGUGAGAUAAUAUUCUGUGAGAAACCAGCUAACAGAAUACUUCUUUGGAUGGUAAAAAAAUCAGGAACCGAAAAGGCAGUCAAUUAACGGGCCCAAAUUUUGUUAUAAUCCCUAUGCACGUUCUUUAUUAAAUGCUCAGUUACCCAAAGAGCUCACAUAAAAACUUGUAUAUUCUUACAACAUAAAUUAAUAAAAUAAGCAAUAUUCUCUAGCUUAUUUAGCCUAUCUAAGGCCGCAGUCUAAACAUUUUCUAGAGAACAAGUCCCGUUGAAUAUGGUGGGACUGACUUCUGAAUAAAUAUGCAUAAAACUGAUUGAUGUGAUUGCUGUAACUGUUACAACCAUUGUUUCAAAGUCAUCUUUUCCUAGAAAAGAAUAUUUUAAAUCUAAUCUGUAUGCUUCUCUACGGCUGCUAGGAAAAAGCUAAAAUAUUUAGAGUGUUUGCGCAUAUAGCUUUGAAACUUAAAAAAGCCAACCCUCAAAUCCUUAUGAGGUUUUCAUUUAACUCAAUUUAAAGCGGAUUAAGUUUCCACCAGGUUCCGAACCACAUUUUAUAGCGACCAAGCCACACCUCCCGGGAAAUCCCGCGAAUCUGUCAGCGCUCUCGCAAUGUCUCAUAAAGCCGUAGGAGGCCCCGCAAAAUCCAAAGUCGCCUAAUGCUACCGCUGCCUUCAAGAGCGCGACAUAAACCACGCAAGACAGUCCCGCCGUGGAUGCAAGGCGGCGAACUACGAGGGUGCAUCCCCAAUCUUAGUUUCCUUUGGGAGGUGUUUCUCAAAAGGAUGAGGCUGGUGAUACUUGAUAACUAUGACCUGGCUAGUGAAUGGGCUGCAAAGUAUAUCUGUAAUCGCAUCAUCCAGUUCAAGCCAAGUCCAAGUAGGUAUUUCACUCUUGGCUUACCCACAGGAAGUACACCUCUGGGAUGCUACCAGAAACUGAUAGAAUAUCACAAAAGAGGAGAUCUCUUUUUCAAAUAUGUGAAGACGUUCAAUAUGGAUGAAUACGUGGGACUUCCCAGAAGUCAUCCCGAAAGCUACCAUUCUUACAUGUGGAACAAUUUUUUCAAGCAUAUUGAUAUAGAUCCAAAUAACGCUCAUAUUCUUGAUGGAAAUGCUCCAGAUCUAAAGGCAGAGUGUGAUGCAUUUGAAAAAAAGAUAGAAGAAGCUGGGGGAAUAGAUCUAUUUGUUGGAGGCAUUGGUCCAGAUGGUCACAUAGCUUUCAAUGAACCAGGCUCAAGUUUGGUAUCAAGAACAAGACUGAAGACACUAGCCAUGGACACCAUUCUGACAAAUGCAAAAUACUUUGAUGGAGACUUAUCUAAAGUUCCUACUAUGGCGUUAACAGUUGGUGUGGGGACAGUGAUGGAUGCUAGAGAAGUUAUGAUUCUAAUCACUGGUGCACACAAAGCUUUUGCCUUGUACAAGGCAAUUGAAGAGGGCGUCAAUCACAUGUGGACAGUUUCUGCUUUUCAGCAACAUCCUCACACCAUCUUUGUAUGUGAUGAAGAUGCUACCUUAGAACUAAGAGUUAAAACUGUCAAGUAUUUUAAAGUGAUCCCAACUUCAUCUGGCCAAGCUUCUCUAUUUCUAACAUUAAAGGUUUCAGUCAGAGCAUCUCCAUGCUGGGAAAACCAGGUUUAAUGCACGUGCACAACAAACUUGUGGACCCGCUGUACAGUAUGAAAGAGCAAAACUGAAGGAGAAGUCAAGCUGGACUCAUGGCUGCCCCCCAGCAGUGUUUUUGGGUAGCAGAUAAACUUACCGCUAUGCAAUGUGCUGGAAAACUGGCUAAAAUGGAGGCCCUUAAGUACUGUGGUAUUUUGUCUCUUCCCCCCCCCCCCAAAGGUCCAAAUGUACAUAUAUACAUUCCUCUUAGCACUGUUACAAGUGCUAUUCUUUGCUUUCUUACCCAGAUGUGUUUUGCCUGUCACAUGCUACCUGUAUGCUAUGGAAACCAGUGCAACAGUUGUUCUGACUAUAAAGGUAGCCGUAUGCAAGCUGUCCACAGGCGAAGAAAAGCUUUGUGUAAACUCCAAAUACAAAAACAUUUUCUUUCUUUUUUUUGUCAUGGGCUGUGUAACUGAUGAUUGGGGACUUUACUUUGAAACAUUUACACAUACAGUCAAACUGAAACCUCAGCUGCUGUUUGCCUUAAAAUCUAUCCGUGGGCAUCUCCAUGCGCUGCAGUAACAAUGUGAGACUUUUCAUACCUAUGUUGCAGAAAAUGUUUUGACAGCUUCAAGACUAACCUUGACAGCCAUAGCCAUGUAUCUUUCUGCUAUAGUGCUCAUUUUUAGUUUUGUUAAAUUAUUUAAGUUUACUUAGGUUUUAGAAGGCUAGCUAUUGAUAAUCCUGCAAGGUGGAAGAAAACUGGAUUAUACACAUCUUGAAUGCCGAUAUAACCAUUACAUCCCCAUUGUUAAGUCUCAGUAAGAAUGUCAUGCUCUUGUAAUUCUAACUUAACAUAGCUAUUUAUCCUGUCUACACUUCAUUUUUAAACCCAGCUAAUUACUAAAAGGGAAGACUGUUUCCUGAAGCCAGGGUGCCUGUGGAAAAGGAUAUUUUUGUUUCAAGGAAGGCCGAAUGAAGUUGGAACACUGAAGUAGUUCCUAGAAGGCAAGAAGCUUGUCAUAUAAGGAAUUCCCCACUGCCGAAAAUGCUCAAUACUAAAAGUACAUAGCUACUUUAUGCUAGGUCUGAAUAAUGAGGUAAUUUAGGGUGGUUUUAUCCUGCCAUGAGUCAGAUCAGGGUCCCUACCAAGCCUCAUGUCGCUCUGUUUUUGUUUACUCUUUUGUGCACAAUGUGUCUGUUUCUCAACUGUAGGUCCAUGAGAUUUCAAGGAAUAAGGGUGUUGAAGUACUGUCUGAAGAGCUCCGGGUAUUUUAUAGCAGUAGAGAAUUAAAAAAAAGUUUAUUCAACCAGGAUUAAGGGCAAGGAGGCAGUAUAAUAUAGUAUUUGAAUGUCCCCACUUGGCUUUCAAGGUCACUGAGAGACCUUGGGUAAGUCACCAUCAGACUAAUUACUUCACAGGCUUGUUGUGAGGAGAAUAUAAAGAAGGGGAGAACCAUCUAUGCCAACUUGAGCUCUUGGGAAGAAGGGUGGGAUAUAAAUGUAAUAAAAUAAAUGACAACCUUGCCUUGUAAUGCCUGGAAAAGCUAAGCAGCCGGUGUCAAAACUGCUAAUGUGUUUGUAAAAAAAAAAUGAUAUACAAUUAUAUACAUUACUUACCAUCUCAGUUCUUUUAAAGUAAAAAAGAGGAAACCUCUUUGAAAAUCUGAAGCUAAUAUGGAUUAUGGACAAAACUGAAUCCAUUCUUCCUACAAAGGCCCCUGGAGUGCAUGGGUCCCGCAGAGCUUGGUUUUUUACACAGUGGCUUGCAAGCCAAAUUAGAUUUUGAAGUGGACAUAACAGAAAGGGUGGUAUCCAACUACUGUGUCCCUUUAGUGCAAAGCUUUCUGCUUGUGUUACGUGACUUCCCCUGCACCCAUCCCAAAUCUGCUCCAGAGGGUUGAAGCAACCCUUGGAACUAAUUAAGGAGAUGCUUGUGGGGAGGGUGGAGAAAUCCCAUUGUGCAAACAAAUCUUUAUGCUGACAGGACAAUGACAUAGAUCAUACAACUCAACUCUGUUCAUUUACCCAGUAUGCCCAAGAGCUUGCACAACUCAGUGGCAGCGUUUCCAUUUAGUGCUAAGCCAAACCAUGGCUCAUCAUGAAUGUGUCAACUGCUGUGGAACAGAUUUCAGGCAUUUUACUCAGUGCAGCAGCAAAGCAUAUUUUCCAAUCCCAGGCUCAUGGUUCAACUCUCUUCCUUAACCAUGAGCUGUAGUCAAGACUUGUUCUUACCAUGUUGUGCAAACCAGGUAAUUAGCUAGAUUAUAAUCAAAAGACUAAAGAAAAAUGAGUUAUUAGUGUGCAUAAUAUGCUAAAGUAAGGAAUUUCAUCAGAAUAUGCUCAUGUAAUAAAAGAUGUUGUGUUAUGUUAUCAUUA